ACUCGGUUGUGACCAGGAACUUAUUUGCUUCUUCGUGAGAUUUGGGCUCCAGCACCCCUGCAGAAUGUCGCUAGAUGAAGAAGCCUUACAAACCGUCGCUAAAGGCGGCCUGAUGGAAUCUGAGAAAUGGGCUGGCUUGAUCGAACCUUUGGUCGAACGGUUAGAAUAUAUCGUUUACAAUGUUUUCCCCAUGCCCAAGAUGCCUCCCGAAGCCGUGUCGUCCUCCAUCCCUGAUCAAUUGCCAUCCUCCGCCGAUCCCUCCUCGCAAGACUCCUCGAUACCGUCUAGCAGCAACAAAGAAAACAACAUCCCGGACUUACAGACCCAUCCACGGCCUACAGCAAAUUCCACCGCUCAAGCGACCUCGCCCUUGAGCGAACGGGUGCCAGACUCGCAAUCUCAAUCAUUCGCAGGUCUCACGAACGAAUCUCUCCCUUCUCCACUUGCAUCACUGCUAGACUCCAUCAAAUCCACAUUGAGAUCCCUAUUCUCUUCGAAACCACCGCAUACAAUCCAGAGACUUUCGGAGCUUAUUCUUCACCCCAAUGCGCAUUAUCGAACCCUCCCUGCCUACCUGCGAGCUGUUGAUCGUGUUGUUUCGGUUACAAGUAGCGCAGAAAUAUUCCCUUUACAAGUGCAAGCGAGCACAAGUCAACCGAAUGGUGUAACCAAUGGUGGAGGAAGCAGUGGGUUGCUAUUUGAUCACGCCCCUGGAAGCGACGAGUCGUUGGGCGGUGCUCUUCUCACCCCGAUUCCAUGGUUGAAUGCUGCUUCGUUUGAAGAGGAGACUGGAGAAACUGUUAUGGAAGCAAUAGGCACCGAAUCGAUUUCUAUUACCGUAAAUCACGAGGUACAACAGUCAUCGCAAGCGUCACAGGGCGAACAGCAGCAACCACAAACCCAAGACGAAAUCGAAACAACUGCAAUCACACAGGAAACCACAUUGCCCACUCACACGACGACAUCAGCCAUCGGAAACGAAGCACCGGGAGGCACUGAAUCUCCGCCGCCAGCCGAUUCCGAGGAGGUGCCACAUGCUCGCGGCCCACCUGUGGUAGGGGUAGAAGAUAUGGGGCUGCAGGAUGGAAAGGGCAUUUCUAUGCCUCUGUCAAAUGUCGAUAGCGCUAGUAACGCACCACCAGACGACAAUGCUACUAAACAACCGGCGCAAGAGAAGGAUGACGAGAAUCGAAAACAAGACCAUCCUUCUAAAUCCCGCGAGGGAGGAAAGAGGGACGGUGACGGAGAUAUCUCUCUGGAUGAUGCGAAGGAGAAGAACGAUAAUGAGUUGGCAACAGGGUCCCCAGGGAAAGAGCAGUCGGAACCAGAGCCUGCUAAGAGUUGACCUAUUGCUUAAAUAUCUUCCAUUCACGACUGACGACGAGAAUAUAUUGACUACAUACUUCCUCU